AUGCUGCCGCCCGGGCGCCUCCUGUGGCACACGCUCGUCGUGGCGGUGGUCUUCAGCAGCUUCGUCGUGGCGCCUUCCCUGCUGCUCUUCGACCUACCAUUCGAGGCCGACGCGGUGGCCCUCGCCCUCCUGGCGGUCGGGGCCGCGUCGCUGCUGGGCGCCGCGCUGGCCCGGAGCAUCGACAGGGGCGCCUGCACCGACGGGCAGUGGCGCUGCAUCCUGCUGUCCGCCUGGGUGCUCAACCCCGUGGUCGUCACGGUCGUCGGCCUGCGGCCGACCUUGUCGAUGCUGUGGCUGUCGUGGUGGAGCGCCAUACCGUUCGCAGUCGUUCUCACCAUGCUCUCUGGCAGGGUCAGGCUGGCUGCAGGUGACCCAGACUGGGUUCAGGAGGGCUGCCCCAGCGCGGCCCUGAGCGUCCACUGGCUCUUCUCGCGCCUCGUCUUCAUUGGCCUGCCGAUGUGCCUGCUGUCGAUCCAGGCCGUCGGCAGCAAGAGGACGAUCGAGGAGGGUCGGGGUUCAUCGAAG